AUGGAGCUGAUCAAUGACUUGACGUGCCCAGUGUGCCUGGAGUUGUUGAGUCGCCCCGUUGUUUUACCCUGUAGUCACGUGCUGUGUCAGCGUCCAUGUGCCGAGACCAUCUUUGAGGUCAGCUGUGUUCGCUGUCCUGUGUGCAGGGAGAAGUGUGGGACCGAAGCCAGCUUCCCAAACUUGCCACGAGUCCUGGCAAUAGAAAACAUCAUUGAAAAAGUUAGGGCGUGGCAAAAACAAGCUGAGGCCAAUCACACAAAUACACCUACCAGUGACAGUUUACAAUCGACAAUGUGUGAAAGCAGCGAUGCAUGUUCACCACUCACAUUUUUGAAUAACUCAUGGGUAUCACCAAUGAAUGAAUUCAGCGUAAAAGAGGAGGGGUUGGAAUCGAUCAAUCAAAAUGAUAAUACCACUCACAUUCCUUCUCAGGAAUGUAAUAAUAACGAAAAUACUACAUAUCCUUCAGCUUCGAUGUCUAGAAUAGUAUCUUACUGCGAUGUGUCUGAGGAAUCUGGAGUUUCUGCUGUAUCUGUGGGUAGUUCUUCCCAAAAGCAAAUGGUAGAUUUAGCUUCUUACAUCGACCCAGUGAGGAGAAAAGGGUUCAAUGCCAGCCAUGAGUACUCCGACAGCCAAGCAGGGAAAGCAUAUUUUGAUGCACUAAUGAAGGUAACGGCUCUGUUUGCAAAUGCAAGGGAAAAUUUCCUAAAAUUUCUUCCUUUUAUUCUUCUCUCCUUCCAUGCCCUUCCUCGCUUUUUCCUGUCUCUUCUUUCUCUUCUGCUGUUUCCACGAGUUCACGAACAGCUGUGGAAGCUUUCUGAGACGCAACGCCAACUUCUAGAUACAGUGACCUCAUAUCGGAAGUGUGCUCAAGCCAAGUGGCCUAUCAACACAACAACUUUAUCGACAAUGAGGAUUUAUGUGCUUAUCGAAGGACUUUCGCACAGUACAAACUACUAUUUCAGCGCCUGUGCAGUAAACAGAACUGGGCGGAGUCCGUCCAGUGACUACGUCAUGUGUAGAACUCUCAACCAGCAUGGCUGUGGGGUCCCGGUUCCGGUUAUUAUAAAGAGCUCCUGUAGCACCUCAGCAACAUCCAUCACAGUCAUGUGCCCAUGUCCGAGGAUGGGGACUAGAUUCCAGGAUAUAUCCUACUUUCUCUUGUUCAGAAAGAGAGGCAGCGACUUUGUCUGGCAAGGGGAAGAGAUGAGAGAAGCAAAGGAGCAUCAGGUGGGCAACCUGGAGACUGGCACAUGCUAUCAGUUUGUGGUUUUGGCCUGUGACUCCAGAGGAGAAUCUCAGACUUCUGAGAAGAUAACUCUUACAACGUUAGACGUCGGAGAGAAAGAAUGUAACAGAGUUGUCGCGCUUGUUUGCUAA